AUGUCAUUUUUUAAUUUUAAAGGUUUUGGAAGAAAUUCGAAAAAGAAUAAGAAUCAACAAGGACAAUCACCACCAACUGCUAUAAGUCAACCUGCACCACCAAACUUAUCAUCUAUAUAUUCUAGUCCACACAAUUCCAACUCGAAAUUAUCAUUACGGAAAAAUCAUUCACCAAAGAGAAAUUCACAAGGUAGUUAUCCAGCUUCUCAUGCAUCACAUCAUCGUCCGCCACAACAACAACAACAACUUCAGCAACAACAACAACAACAACAUUCUCAUAAUACACAAAGUUCCUCACCGGAACGUACACAGUCACAAUCUCAACAAAUUAUGUUCCUUAGUGAACCAUUUGUAAGGACUGCCUUGGUAAAGGGUUCAUUUAAGACAAUUGUUCAACUUCCGAAAUAUGUAGACAUUGGAGAAUGGAUAGCUUUAAACGUAUUCGAAUUCUUCACUAAUUUGAACCAAUUCUAUGGUGUAAUUGCAGAAUAUGUUACACCUGAUGCUUACCCAACGAUGAAUGCAGGCCCUCACACAGAUUAUUUAUGGUUAGAUGCUAACAAUAGACAAGUUUCAUUACCUGCUAGUCAGUAUAUCGAUUUGGCUUUAACUUGGAUAAACAAUAAAGUUACGGAUAAACAUUUAUUCCCAACAAAGGAUAACAUUCCAUUCCCACAAGAAUUUUUAAGAGAUGUACAAAGAAUUAUGGUCCAAAUGUUUAGAGUAUUUGCACAUAUUUAUCACCAUCAUUUUGAUAAAAUUGUCCAUCUUUCAUUAGAGGCACAUUGGAAUUCUUUUUUUGCUCAUUUUAUUAGUUUUUCAAAGGAGUUUACCAUUAUUGAUAGAAAGGAAAUGACACCACUAAUUUUAUUAAUUGAGAAUUUUGAAAAGCAAGGAAAGAUUAUUAUAACCUAG